AUCGAAGAUUUCUCAGUCUACAUUGACGAGGCGCACGCGCUGCGCGGGCCCUCUGUUCGCUGAUAGCCCGAGACGUGUAUCGAGAUAAAGGGAUACUUGUGUGAUGUUAUUAAACAAAAAGUGUAUAAAUAAAAAGCGUGACGUGUUCCUCUCGCCAGUCCAGCGACGAACUCAAGCUGCACAUCAUGGCUCUUCCGGGAGUUUUACUUUUUUCGCAUUAUGUGGAAAACUUUUGGAGCAGUCCCCCGCCGCUGGUGGACUGGUCGGGCCUCGGGAUCCCGACGUUGGUCCUCGUGCUGACAGCCCUGGCGAUAGCGGUGACGGCGCUCAUGGCCAGACCUGACGGCAAGGCCACGCGGCUACCCGGCCCCCCGGCUCUGCCCUUCCUGGGCACCAGGUGGCUCUUCUGGAGCCGGUACAAGAUGAACAAACUGCACGAGGCUUAUGAAGAUAUGUUCAGGCGCUACGGGCCAGUGUUCGUGGAGACGAUGCCAGGGGGCGCCGCAGUGGUCUCGAUAGCGCAGCGCGAAGCCCUAGAAGCGGUGCUUCGAAUCCCGGCGAAGCGACCAUACAGACCACCCACAGAGAUCGUUCAGGUCUACAGGAGAAGCAGGCCUGACAGAUACGCUUCCACUGGACUUGUCAAUGAACAAGGCGAGAAGUGGUACCACCUCCGCCACCAUCUGACAGCCGACUUGACAAGUCCUCACACAAUGCAGAACUUUCUACCAGAGCUGAACAGCAUCUGCGACGACUUCCUUAGCCUUCUACAGUCCUGCUGCAAGCCAGACGGCACCGUCCACGGGUUCGACCAACUCACCAACAGAAUGGGGCUGGAAUCGGUGUGCGGCCUUAUGCUGGGCAGCCGUCUGGGUUUUUUGGAGCGCUGUAUGUCGGGCCGCGUGGCGACCCUGGCCGUCGCAGUGAAAACCCACUUCAGGGCACAGAGGGACUCCUACUACGGCGCCCCGCUCUGGAAGUUCGUGCCCACACAGCUGUACCGCACCUUCGUCAAGAGCGAGGAAACCAUUCACACUAUAGUGUCAGAUUUAAUGGAAGAAGCGAAGUCACGGACAAGCGGCACCUCGCAAGACGACGGCAUGCAGGAGAUCUUCCUCAAGAUCCUGGAGAACCCAGCUCUGGACAUGAGGGAUAAGAAAGCUGCCAUCAUAGACUUCAUCACAGCUGGGAUUGAAACAUUGGCGAACAGUCUGGUCUUCUUGCUGUACCUGCUCAGCGGGCGCCCGGACUGGCAGCAGAAGAUCCGCUCGGAACUGCCCGUGUGCGGGAUCCUGAAGGCCGAGGAGAUGGCGGCCGCUCCGGCAGUCAGGGCCGCCACUAACGAGGCGUUCAGAUUGCUUCCUACUGCGCCAUUUCUGGCUAGGCUGUUGGAAGCGCCCAUGAAUAUAUCUGGACAUAAAUUACCAGCAGGGACUUUCGUGCUGGCCCACACGGGGGCAGCGUGUCGACGAGAAGAGAACUUCUGGCGCGCGCAGGAGUAUCUCCCCGAGAGGUGGCUGGAGAGCCGCCAGCCGCACGCGGCCGCGCUUGUGGCGCCCUUCGGCCGCGGCCGCAGGAUGUGUCCCGGCAAGCGGUUUGUGGAGCUGGAGCUACAUUUGCUACUAGCUAAGAUAAUGCAGCGAUGGCGAGUGGAAUUUGACGGCGAAUUGGAUAUUCAAUUCGACUUCCUCCUGUCGCCCAAAUCCCCAGUAUCUCUAAGACUCGUGGAAUGGUAGAUCAUUUAGCAGAUAGUUAAUGUCUUUGCUUUGAAAUUGUUGCUUGAGCAAUUUGAAUUUUAUGUAAAAACCUGAAGGUUUGAUUUUGAGUUCGGACGUUACUUAUUAGCAUGAGCCUUAGUAAUUGGUAAGCUGAUGGAAAAAUGUUCGCGUUUUAGUUAAUGGAGUCUUGUCCCAUGAUAACGGCUAUUAGAAUGAAUUUACUCGGCUGCAAAUCUAGUUUGUUGCUAUAAGAAAUACUUUUAUAAUUUUUUUCCUCUACUUGAAAUUUAGAUGCCAUGACUGUUCGUAUAUUUGAAUACGACGAUGUAACAGUACAGGGUAUUUUGUUUAUGCUCAACACACUCCGUUUCCACCUAGAUUGUAAGAACUGUCCACAAAUUAAUUAAGGCAUUGAUUAUGUAUAAUAUUUACUAGAUUUAAAUUAACAUAAAAUAUGGCUGUGUUAAUAUCAAAAAUCAUAUUUAUAUUAAGCAUAUAAAUAUUAUAAACCAUAAAUACCUCUUGUUUAUAAGACUGUGUUUUGUCAGCACGUGCAUUUGCCAGCAUUUAUUAUAAGUUUUCGUAAAACUUAAUAUACAACUCAGUGUUCUAGAUUCCCUUUAAUUUAUUUUGCUAUCUUUUGAAAUUAACAGUUUAUUAAAUAAAUUUUACCUGUGUACGUUUCUCUUUUUAAUAUUUUAAAGUUUUCUGAAGCUGCUGAGUAAGCGAGUUUUACGAUUACACUAAAAAUACAAUAUAUAAGUAUUUUAAAAUUAAAAUAUAAACGAUCAUUCCGUUAUAUUUAAUGAAGUGAUGUAUGAUAUGUCUAUUAGGCAGCUUAGUAUUAAGUUUUAGCUCAGCAUAAAUUAGCCAUUUUCUACAUUUAUUUUUGUUAAAAAAUAUUUUGGUUUGUUUAAUUUCAUGCUAUAUUAAAAUUAGGCCAUUAAAGUGUGGUGCCAGGCGUCACGAAUGUCGCCGGUGGAUAAAAUUACAUGUAUAUUGAAAUGUUAUGACACGCAAUAAAAACACCUAGGUUUUUAAUUGUAAGUUUUUUACUCUUAUUAUUUGCUUAUUCCAUUUGCUGUAAAGUCUAAGCUAUUUUUAUUACGAUACAAAUGACAUCAAAAUAGUUUUGUUCGUCAAAAAUUUGUCAUGAAAACGUGAAGUUUUACAACGCGUGCUUUAUGACAAGAUAUGACGUUUACACGUGAAAUUUUCGACGUAAUAAAAUAGCUUAACAAAUAAAACAACGAAAUAGUGACUACAUCAUCCUUGUUGAUUUUUAAUUGUUUUAGAAUUUGUUUUUAUACUGUUUGUUGUGAAAGAGGUUUUUUUAAAUCGUGAAUAAAACAUAUUCGUACACCUGCAUAUAUUCAUCUGAUACAAUAAAAUAUUACAGCAUGA